AAAAAGAACGUACGAUGCCCUUGACACUUUUUCUCCCUCUCUUUUGAUAACCCGCUAUAAAUGGGAGCAGCUCGGCUUGCCGUUUGCCAUUCAGAGCUUUCGCCGUCCGUGCUCGUCGCUCUGAAAUGCAGAAAUUUUGCUUGAUUUUUGCCUGUCUCCUCGCGUACGGAAACGCGGAGACGCCGGGGACCACCACCAACAAACCAAACGAAGAGCCUGCAAUAAAUGGAACCAAUUGCCAAAACAACGAAAUUCUUGAUUUGACAACCUUGGCUAACGGGAAGAAAUACGUGUUCGUCUCCUGGGGAAAAGUCAACUGGGAAUCAGCGAAGGCUCUCUGCGAAAAGAGCAACCUGACGCUGGCCCUGCCGAAAACGCAAGAGGACCUGACUCUUCUGCACCAAAUGGCCAAAGAAAAGAUUCCAUAUCCUAGUUCUGGUUGGUGGGUGUUCGCGUCGGACGUGGGGCAGAAGGCGGGCGACUUCCGGUGGGGCGACGGCCAGGCGCUGCCCAGGGACAGCGCCCUGUGGGACAAGGAGUACGACCAGCCCGACAUGUUCGGCCGCGGCGAAGCUGCCUGCGUCUACUUUUACACCAGGGUCUCCGCCAGACUCAAGGACAACCUCUGCAGCAUCGCUUUGCACUUCGUCUGCGAGCCGCGCCCCGGAUGUCAUUGAAAAUUUGUCCAUUUUCAAUAAAUAUUUGUUGCAAUGAUCAUAAAAUAA